AUGGCUCCCAAAAAACGAUCUUUACCUCCGGCAAGCGAAGGGCCAUCAAAGAAAAAGCAAAAAACUAAGGAUAAACUCAAAGAAAGCAAGGGCGAGACGUCAAAAGCGACAUCGACGAAGACAGCGUCGCCUGGUGAUAGCCCUAAACGCGACAAACAUGGCAAGCUGAUAUUUCCCGAUUUUCCAGAUUUCAAACCAAACCUGACACCGAAAGAAGUACUUCAAGCUGGAAGCUUUGGAGGAACGUACUUUAGACCUAUUUAUUCAAGCGUCACAGGUAGACUACCAAAGUAAAGUUCAUUGGUCACAGGUCUCUUCGUCAGUUAGUUAUCUGCAUUUCACAUUAUACAUGUAUAGCCACAGCUACAGUAAUCGACAGGUGGCCAUGUUGUGAGUGAAAUUCCGUCUCAGGUUAAACCAGGGGAAACUUAAAAAUUGUGAAUCAAACUAAGUUGAACACUGGUUUAAUCUGAGAACAUAUUUUACCUACAACAUACAUAUAUAUUUCCCGAAUACCAAGACUUUACUAUUAAAACAAUCAAAUAUAUUUGUUAAGUACUAAGACACUGGUUACAUCAAGGGAGGCUUAAACCAAGUUCCCAACAAAGCAAAUAGCCUGAGAAAACAGCCAACACCUUACGACGCAGCCACUGGUUUCCUAGCCUGCAGACACAGACAUAAUUCCGGUUUUCGCUUCUCUCCACCCGAAAUUACAUCUGUGUCCGCAGGCUACUGGCUUCCUCACGAAAUCAAAUGACGUCCUGAGGAACAAGCCCAAAAAUUCCAUACUGAUUUUCCAGCCCUUGAAGACAAGUUGGGUAAUUCUGUUACCUGCAGCACCAUACACUCUAUGUCAGCUGUUUCCUAAUAGGCUACCUUCCGGGACGAUUCAGACUGGUUUAGUCAAUUUUACACUCAGGGCUCAGAUUAGACAAGCUUUCCUCCCAUUUUGCUUCCCCAGGGCCAUUGCUUGCUUUUCUUAUGACAUGCAUGGAACCUUGCCUGUUGGGCAAGUGAGGUUAAAUAGUUACUUGCCCAGCAAGGUAAUCUACUUAUUCCAGAUGACACUGGACAGGACUCUUGUCAAUUCCUGGCCUCAAUGAACUCUUCUAUUAUAUAGCUUAUUUUUCUAUCUUAUCUUAAACCGUUAUGAAUGAAAAACUGGUACUACUUUGGAACUUCUUCUUGCCUCUGUUUACCUGAAACCACUCUCAGUCUGAAUUGACUUGUUUCUGUACUCCUUUUCUUCUCUGUACAUUGUGCCUCAUUUGAAAGGUUUCACUUUCUGAAUGCAUUGCUGUUUAGGCAACAUUCAUUCCAACUGAACAAUGGAUAAUAUUGUACUAGGUUGUUACUUGAUUGCAUAAUGCUUUGAUUGGUCAAGUUCAAAUUCCAUUCUAGUCCACACUUUAAAACAAAGGGGAUUCUCACUAUGAACUGUAAUGUUUAACUGCAAUCAAAUCAUGUCACAAAUAACUCCUUUGUGCCCUGUGAUUUUGAUAAUUUUGGUGCUCCUGUGCUUUACUAUAUUUGGGGGCAGCACUGAUUAACUUUUUUACCUCAUAUGAUGCUUAUUCAAGAAAAUGUGGUAUUUAAUAUUUGUACUGUUUUUAACUCAAUUCACAGGCCAAAAGUAUUCUUCUGAGGUGCACAAGGAAUUUCCCUCUGACUGGUUUAAGGGACUGAACAUCAAAACGCAAAUUACUUCAUCACUGUAUCGCAAUGAAGUCAAUACAUACAAAGUCAAAUGUGGAGGAAGCUUGGAAAUGUGGGAAUCAUCCGGCUGGAUUCAUAAACAAGAUCCAUAUGGCUGGUUUCACUGGUAAGUAGGAGCAGGGCUGGUUUAAAUCCGUUUGAGCGUAUAAAAGAAAGAAAGCAAAUUUUAACAAGAUGGGUUGAUACUGUUUAGGGGGGGGCCUGCACAAGUAACUCAUCACAGGAAACCAGCCACAUCUAUGAUGCGCCCAACUGGCCAGAAAAACAGGGGACUCUAAAUAGUCUACUGUACUUUCUUAAUUGUGCCCUGAAUUUCCCAUGUGGCUGAACUGGGCUGAAAACCACAUUAACAAGAGCCUUCUUGCUGGAAGUCUGUGGCACUGUGGACAGUCACCCUUUCCCUUCAUGGACUGGGUGACCAUACAUGUGCACAGCCUAGUUUGCUGGUUACCAUCUGAGCCUCUCAGUUCUUAAUGGUUACCAAGUUACUCGGAGGAGGCUUAUGUGAUACUUUUUUUUGUCUUGUGGUACACAGCAAGGAACCCAAAAGUGUGACUGCUCUUUAUUUAUUCACAUUUUUGCGUACAGAUUUAAUCCAAUCAGAAGCCAGUUGGAGACUGUCCUCGACUUUUGAUUGGUUAUGUCUGCAUGAAAGAAUGUGAAUUAAUUAAAGGAGGUCACACUUUUGGCCUCCUUGCUGUAAAUUGUAGUCAAAAAACAACAUUUUCAUAAGCCACUUGCUCAUCUCCCAUAAUGCACCUUAUUUGCCCCCCAAAGAUUUGCAUAAGCACUUUUCAAUUUUUCUUGGGACGGCUGUAAUACCCAGGAGAAGUGAAAAACAAAGCUUAUGCAAAAUUUUGGAGGGCAAAUAAGGUGCAAUAUGGGAGAUGUGCAAGUGGCGUAUAGUACACUUUUCAAAUCCCACUUGCCAGUACCAUCUCAGAAGCGGCAAGUGAGAUCGUGUGCUAAAAUUUAGAGACCUUUAGAUUCAAGGAUGCGAUUUAACUUUCAGUUUUUCCGUGUACUGUAUUCUUAAAAAAUGACGCCUCUGAAAACUUUUUUUUUUCCAGAAAGGUUAACACUGUUACUUUUCAUUGAAGAAGGUUAAGCCCUCUUCCGAUUGCAAAAUGAUGAGACUUCUAACAUUUUAUAACUUGUACCCGCCACUACGACAUUUUCUCUAAAACGUGUGGUAGAAUGACGAAGGGUAUGAACUGUUUACCCGCCAAAAUGACGGUGGUUCACGCGUGCACCUAAUUAGGGCGUUUUCCAUUUAUCAGAACUGACCGGCCAGACCAUUCAAGUCAUAAUGAGAAUUUUACUUUUAAUCAAAACUAUCCAGCCAGAUCAGUCCAAUGCUAAAUAGCAUGCACAAAGGAGAUGGUGCUUCAACAAAAACUCUUGGGAAAAAAGUAUUUUUCAUUGUCAAAAUGACUGGCCCGGCUAUCGUCCGGCCGGUCAGUUCUGACUUUUGGAAAGCGCCCUGUCAGAGACUAUCAAGAAAAUCUCGCCUUCGUAGUGGUCCUCGUCUUAGCCUGUUCCAAGCUCCGAGGUAGUCGGGUCCGCCGGAGUGAAUAUCCCUUCCUUUUUCUUUUUUCCUGUCCCGCCAACUUUUCGCGUACCUUUCACUUUCGCGUCUUCCCCACUAUCUUAGAGUCUGGAACAGGCUAUCCUAGUCUUAGAAUCUAAUGGUCUUUGUUACAAUGUCUACAAAAACAAUUGGACUCACGGUAUUUCUUUCUAACAGGUAUUGCAGGUUUUAUCUCGGUCGUCGUACAGAUGAUGACAGACGGCAGGUAGACCGCUGGAAGAAAUGUGCAGGAGAAAAGGGACGCUGGAAAAAUAAUCUUAUCUCAAAGAUUGUCCGAAGCGGCUGUGCGUUUGAUAACUUUGCUGUGUCACCAGUAGUACGGCAAACUCUUCAACACUGGGCCUACACACUGACCAAAGAAGACUUUGACAAAUAUGCCAAAAAGGUUAAAUUGUAAAACCUCCUAUCCGGCUUUAAUAUCGUGCUCGUAGCGAAGACUUGUGCAGAUGUCUCGCUCUUGACAGUUAUUUGUGUCAUAAAAUGAGAGAUCGGAACCAGUAAAUUUGCCCACGUACCAUUCGCCAACUACUCAGUCUGUUUCAUGUGCCUGCAUACUCAUGAUACUGCCUCAAUCUGCUCAAUAUGGUGGAUAUAAUAAUUUUCCUCUUGAUACGUUCUAAGCUAUACCGGAUAACUCCUGCGCUAGCACGAAAACCGUAUAGGAUAGGGCUCUUGUUCACUCAUUGUAACGUUGAUUUCGGCUCAGAUUCUGUAACGGAGCGAGUCUGCGCCGUGAAAGUGGAUCGUCGCAUAUCGGAUAGGUUCUGUGCCUCUUAGAGGCUCCCGAGGGUAUCCUAGCCUGUUCCAGGCGUUCAGAUAGUAGAGCGCAGCGGUAAGUGAGGAGCGAGUUAAGUUGUACACCGGGAGUUCUCUCCCCCUUUCCCCCU